CGUUACAAAACUCCCAAAAUAUAUCUAAACUAAAACACUUAACUCCAAAACCGGAAAUCAAGUGGGUUUUGAGUUUUGCUUAGCUACUUGUAUAAAUAGAAACAAAUUAGCAUUCUCUUCUUCCAUCAAACAUUCUCCUCGUUAGAUAUUUUCUCUACUAUUUCAAAACAAGCAAAUCACUAAUUGUUAUAGUAAAAAAAUGGAGGAAACGAAGGAGAGGAAGAUUGUAGUAGCAGUAGACGAAAGUGAAGAGAGCAUGGAAGCUCUUUCGUGGAGUCUUGACAAUCUCUUUCCAUAUGGUUCCAAUAACACCCUAAUCCUCCUUUACGUCAAGCCCCCUCUUCCUGUUUACUCUUCCAUUGAUGCCGCGGGGUUUAUAGUGACCGGAGAUCCGGUUGCAGCGUUGAAGAAAUAUGAACACGAGCUCGUGGAAUCAGUCAUGGCUCGAUCUCGAACCGUCUACCAAGAUUUUGAGUCCGAUAUUAAUAUAGAGAGAAGAGUUGGAAGAGGAGAUGCCAAGGAAGUUAUAUGUAACGCAGUUCAGAAACUUAAGGCUGAUAUGUUAGUUAUUGGAACACAUGACUAUGGCUUCUUCAAAAGAACUUUGCUAGGCAGUGUGAGCGAGUAUUGCGCCAAACGAGUAAAAUGCCCUGUGAUUAUCGUGAAGAAGAAGAAUCCUCAAAAUAAUUGAGCGCAAAAGUCAUAACUCUUAUGAUUGUAUAUGUUUCAAAGCAAUUGAUGUAACAGAUAAAUCAAUCUUAGAAUGCAAUAAUAUCUGGAUGACCAUUUUAAAUUCUAAA